AUGCACCCGGUGGACAAACCAGGGGAAAUGAGGAAUGAACAGCAAGGAGAAGGAGAAGGAGAGGACGAGGAGCAAGUAAUACUUCAUGUCACACCCGAAGGGGUUGUGAAAGGGCGGACCCUGUGGGAAGAUUACAUGUAUCGGGGAGCGGAAUUCGAAGAAUACUCUCUGUAUGAGUUCAUAGCAAAUACCUACAAAGAAAAAAAAGCGGGAAAGCAAGUCAAGUGCAGGGGAGACACAGGGAACCAACACGUAAAAAGAGGAGAAGGCCAUAACACAGUCGUUGACAUCAAAGGAGCCUGGUUUCCCUGGAGGACAAGGGAAGGGGAGAACAGCAUGUAUCAUGCGAGCAUGCUCAUGAUGUGGAAGCCAUGGCAGGGGAAAGAGGACCUGAAGCAAAGGGAACAAACAUGGGAGAGAGCCUAUGCUGAAUUCAAAGAGAGUCAGCCCGGAAUGGAAUGCAUCGCAUCCAACGUGCAAUAUCGGUACGAGUGCAAGGAUGCAGCAGAUCGAGACCAAGACUAUGCAAGACAAUUCGGUGGAAGGCAAGGCAAUGAAGGAGGAAAUAUGGAAAGUGAUGAAGAGGAUGGAGAAGAUGACAGAGAGGAGGAAGGUGGAAACGCAAGAAUUGAGGAGCAAAGCAUGGAUGAAGGAUAA